UGAAUCAUGGGUAAAUUGUGAAUGACUGACCAUCAAAUAAUAAUGAGUCACUAUUUAUGAUGCAAGGUGAUUUGUAGAUCAGUCAAGCUGCAACGUCGAACAGACCUAUCGUCUCAGUGGAUAUUGUAGUACAUAUUGCCAGAGGACUACAAAUCCCACCAAAAUAUUACCACUCCCUGGAUACCGCUCUUCUUUAAAACCUCCGGUCUCCAUUUUCUUCCCGAUUGAUUGAAGAUCUCAGAACAAAUAUAAGAUAAAUUUGGUGAUUGGAGUUUGGAAAAAUAUGUGGGACGGACCCAGGAGAGGACCACAAGCGGGACCACCUUUUCGUGGGGGCAAUCGUGGAGAAAUGUUUGGGGACCGAGGUGGAGCUAUGCCCAAUUUCAGGGGUCGAAAUGGGAUGAACAUGGGUCCCAGGGGGCCACAGGAUCGGGGGCCUCGUAUGGACGUGAGGAGGAUGGAUUGUCCGUCUGAUAUGCGGGGUCCGUCUGAUAUGCGGGGUCCGUCUGAUAUGCGGGGUCCGUCUGAUAUGCGGGGUCCGUCUGAUAUGCGGGGCCAUGUUAUGGAACCGCUUGACAUACGAGGGAGAGGAGAACCACCCAGGGAUUUCCUGGGGAGACCUGGGGAGGAAUCAGACUUCGGCCUCCGAAGGCAGUAUGAAAUGGCAAUCCGAGACAAGCUGCUAAAUGCAGCAGGUAGUGGUGGUUUCAAGGGGCCAGGGAGAGGCAUGCCACCACGAGGUCUACGAGAGCCAAAUGACAGAUUUAUAGAUAUGAGAGAUGGAGAGAUGUUCCGCAAGGAUAUGCCAGGUUUCAACAAUCCCAAUAUGGAUGGAAGGCGUGGAGGAUUUUCCAUUGAGCCUAUGGGUAGAAAUGAGGGGUUCAGAGACAUGCGUGAUAGAGAGAGGCCUCAUAUUGACAGGCCCCCGAUGGGCAUGGAUGACAUUGAUGGAUUUAAUAUGGACAUGCCUCCACGGGACUCGGACAGGGGAAUGAUGGACUUCGACAGGAGGGGUGCUUCGUCAUUGAAUCCAAGGAGAAGAUUUGAGUCUGAUAUGGACUUCAGAAACCGCGUUGGACCCCAGGCUGAAUACAGAGGAAGGGACAGAUCUCCUGUACGAUUUGGCGACGGUGAAGGUGCGCCAAUGGAUGUCAGGGGAAGUCCUGGUUGCCCUCCAGAUCUUGGUGGGCCAAACAGACCCAAGUUUAUGGGUAAAGAUCCAAAAGGCACCCUUAGAGACAGGGACUUUCCAGAAAUGGAAGAGGUGUCGCUUGCAGAGGAGUGGAAGAAUCGAAAAAUGAAGGACAGUCUUCCAUCUCCUAUGACCAGAGGUCUUCCUCCUUUCACCAUAGAUGUUCAGGGACAGCGAUUCCCUCCAAUGUCCAGAGGGGGUGGUCUUCUUGGAGAGCCACCAAUCUUUAAAGAAAAAGACAGACCAUCCACAGAAUUCCCAGGGAAAAAGGAUGGGCCUCCCUUUGGCUUCCCUCACACCGAGAGAGAAGCUCCAGGUUCCCAGGACUGGGAUAAAAAGCCCCCCCCAGAUUUUCCUGUCAUGGAUUUGCCAUCCUUUGGCCGUAGAGGUCCCCAGUACCCUCCCUUUCCACCCAUGGGUCCUGGGCUCCUGCCAAACACCCCGAACAGAGAGAAUAACAGCAAGCAUUGGCCUGGAGACAGAGAUCCCAAGCAGAAUCAAAAUGUACCAAAUCGAGGUGACAGACCCCCAUACCUCUUAGAGAUGGACAGGCCCCCAUAUCUCCUAGAGAAGACUCCACCAACUCCACUGGGCCAGGGGCAAAAAGAUAGCACUAGUUUCAAAGGGCCAAAGGCUGCAUUGCUUGAACAAGGCCCAGAGAGGGAUAAGCUGGUUCCAGGGCCUGCAUUCCAAGGCAAAGACCAGGACUACAGGGACAUUGACUACAGAACUGGCCCAGGGAGAGUCUUUUACCACAAACCUGAGGAGCUGCAAGUACCUAACGAAGUUCUAAAGGAAUCCAAACCAGUCCAGACUCCCAAAUUCAAUGACUCUGGUUCCCAGGAUCAGGAUUACAGGAGUGCGACUGUGAAGGACAAGGUUACUCAUACAAUUUGCAUCACUGGAAUUCCUAAGACAGCCACAAUGGAACAGAUUCUUGGUGCCUUUGCAGUCCGUGAUGGUGUCCCAAUGCAGGGCAUGAAGAUAAAGAAUGUUGUGCCAGGUUACAGCUACGAUACGGCCUAUGUGGAGUUUUUAAACCUCGAGGAUGCAGUCCACUUCAUGGAAUCCAACCAGGGAUCGCUGAUGGUUGGCACUAAAACGGCUCUCAUGAGAUACGUCCAGCCGGACAGAAGUGUCAAGGAAGCUCAAGAACCAGGCCCUCCGGCCCAGGAACCCCUGCUGCCAAGCCCAGGCCAGCUCCUGGUCAACAAGGCCAAGAGUGACCACUACGGCCAGAAUGGCUCACAGGCCAAUGCCCCAGUGGACCCCCUGUCUCAGCAGGGCUCGUGGCAGCGCAGCUCAGACCUCACCCCAGAGGCCUGGCAGCAGCAGGUGGACCAGCAGCUCAGACAGCAAGAGGCUGAGCAGCAGGCAGAGUCCUGGGCCAGCCGCAACCCCCCUCGCCAAGCUCCUGGCCCUCAUCAGCUGGACCCCAUCUUUAAGGAGAGCAAGACCAUGAUCAUAAAGAAUGUGAAGCCCACCACAACAGUGGAGACCAUCCUGAAAGCCCUGGACCCCUUCGCCUACCUGGAUGAGAGGAACGUCCGUCUGGUUAGAGGCAAACCCCCGGGUGCCAAAUGCUUCUGCUUCAUUGACAUGGACUCUCAUGAGCAAGUGACCCGUCUUGUUGACCUGCUCACCAAGCCCAGGCCUCUCUCUAUCGACGGGGUCCGGGUUUACGCCGAGGUCGCCAAGCCUUUGAAGAAUCAAAACUACAGAAGAGAGUUUGAUAAAUCCAACACUUCUCUCCUGGGGUUCCCACCUGAGGCCAGUAUGAUAGAGCCGCAGCAGUACUAUUCAUCCCAACCUCACAAGCAGCCACCAGGAGCUCCCCCACCUAACAUGCAAGGAGACCAUUUGGGUGGAUCGAUGGGUGGGCCGAUGAGCUCAGACAUCCCUCACUCCCAUUCGUCUGUCUCGCACUUGAACUCCAGCAUGGCUCAGGGAGGUGGCUAUGGUGAACCUCCAUUAGUUGUUCCCUACCAACAGGCUCUGCACCCCCAGGUCUCCUCUGCUGGAGUAAUGGCAGCUGCAGGAGACCAUAGCACUGAUGGCUACAGCUAUGCUACUGAAACUCCUGACGUGACUAACUACCUGUAUGAUGCCACUUCCGGGUUCUACUACGAUCCCCAAACUACCUUGUACUAUGACCCUGCCUCUAGGUAUUUCUACAAUGCCCAGACCCAGGAGUACCUUUACUGGGACAGUGCGUCCAAGACGUACAUCCCCGUGCCCGGAGGACACGCCACAGACACCCAGCCCCCCAUGGCCCAAGUUAGUGUUGCCCUGGCACCUGACGUACAGGCCAUUCUGGCCAAUCCAGUAGCAGACGCUCCACUGGACAUAAAGAAACCAGAACCAACCCCUCACGUCGACCCUCCACCAGUCCUAAACCCUACACCUGCUCUGAACACCAUGCCUAACCCCAACCCUUCCCCUGAGAGGAGAGAGGACGACGACACUACACCUCACAGCCUUGACAAGAAAGACAGCAAAGACAAACCAGGAGAGAAAGAGGAGAAACCCAGGAGCCUAGCUGCGGUCAAAGUCAUGAAGGAUAUGGAGCGCUGGGCUAAGAUCCAGAACCGUCAGAAGGACAGCGUCCGUUGCCCGUCCCCCAUACUGAAGACCUCCGUGGGCGGGCUGGACGACAGGAAGACCUCCAAGGCAGCUGAUGCGGCCUUCGCCAUCUUCGAGAGGAAGGGUGGAGACGACCCCUUCAAGAAGCCUAUGGCUCCUCCCAAGAAAGAGGGGAAGGGCUCAAAGCAGCCCAUUGGCUCUCUGGGCCUGCUGGCAUCAGACUACGCAGCUACAGGCAGUGACGAGGAGGAGGAGGUGCAGCACGAGGUUCCUCAGGUUUCUAGGAGCCAGUCCCAGGACGAGGAGGACAAGCUAACAGACUGGAAGAAGAUGGCCUGCCUGCUGUGUAGGAGACAGUUCCCCAAUAAGGACGGCCUCGUGCGCCAUCAGCAGCUCUCUGACCUUCACAAGCAAAACAUGGAGAUCCACAUGAAGAUCAAAAGGUCAAAGAAGGAACUGGAGGCUUUGGAGAACCAGGAGAAAGAGUCUGUCCCACAGCUGAGUGCUGGCGAGUCCAACGGCUCCCCAGAACAGAAGAGAAGGAAGCACCAACAUCAACACCAGAAUAGCUGGGCUGGUGGCUCCAGGGACAUGCACAAAGGCAGCGAGAGACCUGGGUUAGGCUCUGAACCUGUUGAGAGGAAGAAGAAGGAGCCUGUUGUCUGGAACCAUGCCACCUACAAACAAGCUGUGCGCAAGUCCAUGUUUGCACGCUUCAAAGAGCUGGACUGACCUCUUCCUGUGAACAAGAGGGGUGCGUUCAGUUCACUGUAUGUGUUUGUGCUCACCAUUCUUCAACAGUGUGAGGUUUGUUUGGUGGUUGUGGCCUGAUCAAUAUGGAUGUAACCUUUAGAAAUCGCAAAACUAAUGCAGCACAACGUACACAGUCUUCCUCCGUUACCAUAAUCACAUUCUUCAACUGGUCGUUCAGAAGGGCGCUAUUUCCGUUGAAUCAAACGUUGCACGCCGCUCUGUUCUACUUAACACACCCAAGAUCACCCACUCUUGUGUGUUUGUCUGUGGGGAGUGUUGGUCAACAUAAUGGACUUGCCAUGGCCAGCAGAGCUUUUGGACUGAGCUCACCUCUUACUGUACCGGUUGGCCCCACUUUACUGUACUACAAGGACUUUGACUCCCCAGCAAAAAAAUCAGGCCGUAGCCUGCCCACUCAGCUCAACUGUUGAGACCAUGGGAGCCGUAGGGAGACCGCUAGGGCCUCCACAUUUCUGCAGUAUUUUCUGUGCUUGUUGGAGGGCCCGUUCACCUAUCCCUAUCCCACUGCUGUACUAACUGCAGGAGCGAGGUAGAACCAGUGGUGUUGGCGCUAAACAGCUCCACAGACUCACCCCAAACAUCAAGCUGGCUUUGACUGGCUCCUAAUCAAUCCUUUUUAUGGAUGUAGCUUUGUUUUCCUAUGUGUGUUGUAUGGCUGAUGUGUAGUAUUAUUGUGAUGUGUACUCAGCAGCCAGAUCUGCCAUUGUAGAAUCUCUGUAUGCUACCAGCUGGAUCCAGCUACACACCAUCAUUUAUUUUAAGAUGUUUUUAUAUGGACUUAUUCCUUUCCUUGUUUGGGUUAUACUCUGUAUGUGUACAUGUUUACAUUUUUAAGUAAACAAAAAAAAUCACCUUA